AUGAAAUCUAUUCCUCAGGGUAAGAAUGUUGCUGAAGGUCAGAAUGUUGAUGUAGGUUCUCUUCAGAAUGUUGCUGAAGAUUCAGGUACUUUGAAAUCUGUUCCUCAGGGUCAGAAUGUUGCUGAAGAUUCAGCUACUAUGAAAUUUGUUCCUCAAGUGAAUUUGGCUGAAGGUUCUCUUCAGAAUGUUGCUGAAGAUUCAACUACUGUUAUAUCUCUUCCUCAGGUUCGGAAUGUUGCUGAAGGUUAUCUUCGGAAUGUUGCUGAAGAUUCAGCUACUAUGAAAUCUGUUACUCAAGGUCAGAAUGUUGCUGAAGGUUCACUUCAGAAUGUUUCUAAAGAUUUAGCUUAUGGUCAGAAUGUUGCUGAAGGGUCUCUUCGUAAUGUUGUUGAAGAUUUAGCUACUGUCAAAUCUCUUCCUCGGGUUCAGAAUGUUGCUGAAGGUUCUCUUCAGAUUGUUGUUGAAGAUUCAACUAUUGUUAAAUUUUUUCCUCAGGGUCAAAAUGUUGUUGAAGGUUCUCUUCAUAAUGUUGCUGAAAACUCAGCUACUGUCAAAUCUCUUCCUCAGGUUCAGAAUGUUGCUGAAGAUUCAGCUACUGUAAAAUCUGUUCCACAGGGUCAGAAUAUUGCUGAAGGUCAGAAUGUUGAUGUAGGUUCUUUUCAGAAUGUUGCUGAAGAUUCAGGUACUUUGAAAUCUGUUCCUCAGGGUCAGAAUGUUGCUGGAGGUUCACUUCAGAAUGUUGCCGAAGAUUCAGCUAUUGUCAAAUAUGUUCCUCAAGGUUCUCUUCAGAAUGUUGUUGAAGAUUGGAUUACAUUCAAAUCUCUUCCUCUAGUGAAUGUUGGUCAAGGUUCUCUUCAGAAUGUUGCUGAAGAUUCAACUAUUAUUAAAUCUGUUCCUCAGGGUCAAAAUGUUGUUGAAGGCUCUCUUCAUAGUGUUGCUGAAAACUCAGCUACUAUGAAAUCUAUUCCUCAGGGUCAGAAUGUUGCUGAAGUGAAUGUUGGUCAAGGUUCUCAUCAAAAUGUUGCUGAAGAUUCAACUACUGUUAAAUAUGUUCCUCAGGGUCAAAAUGUUGUUGAAGGUUCUCUUCAUAAUGUUGCUGAAAACUCAGCUACUGUCAAAUCUCUUCCUCAGCUUAUGCAAUAUCUCUUCCUCGAAGGUCAGAAUGUUGAUGUAGGUUCUCUUCAGAAUGUUGCUGAAGAUUCAGUGAAUGUGGAUGAAGGUUCUCUUCAGAAUGUUGCUGAAGAUUCAACUACUGUUAUAUCUCUUCCUCGGGUUCGGAAUGUUGCUGAAGGUUAUCUUCAGAAUGUUGCUGAAGAUUCAGCUACUAUGAAACCUGUAACUCAGGGGCAAAAUGUUGCUGAAGGUUCACUUCAGACUGUUUCUAAAGAUUUAGAUUAUGUGAUAUCUCUUCCUCGAAGGACAGAAUUGGGAUAUUCAGCUACUAUGAAAUCUGUUCCUCAGGUUCAGAAUGUUGAUGAAGAUUCAGCUACUAUGAAAUCUAUUGCUCAGGGUCAUAAUGCUGCUGAAGGUUUUCUUAAAAAUGUUGCUGAAGAUUCAGCUACUGUGAAAUCUGUUCCACAGGGCCAGAACAUUGGUCAUAAUGUUGCUGAAGGGUCACUUCGUAAUGUUGCUGAAGAUUUAGCUAUUGUCAAAUCUCUUCCCCAGGGUCAAAAUGUUGUUGAAGGUUCUCUUCAUAAUGUUGCUGAAAACUCAGCUACUGUCAAAUCUCUUCCUCAGGAUCAAAAUGUUGCUGAAGGUUCUCUUCAGAAUGUUGCUGAAGAUUCAACUACUGUUAUAUCUCUUCCUCGGGUUCGGAAUGUUGCUGAAGGUUAUCUUCAGAAUGUUGCUAAAGAUUCAGCUACUAUGAAACCUGUAACUCAGGGGCAAAAUGUUGCUGAAGGUUCACUUCAGACUGUUUCUAAAGAUUUAGAUUAUGUGAUAUCUCUUCCUCGAAGGACAGAAUUGGGAUGUUCUCUUCAGAAUGUUGUUGAAGAUUCAACUAUUGUUAAAUUUGUUCCUCAGGGUCAAAAUGUUGUAGAAGAUUCUCUUCAUAAUGUUGCUGAAAACUCAGCUACUGUAAAAUCUCUUCCUCAUGUUCAGAAUGUUGCUGAAGAUUCAGCUAUUGUGAAAUCUGUUCCACAGGGUCAGAAUAUUGCUGAAGGUUCACUUUAG